AGGGACUGUGUCUGAGACAAAGAGUCAGCACCGGAGAGGGAAUGGCCCGGCUGUUCCUGCCCCCUCUCUCGCCCCGCACUGUCCCCAAGCUCCAUCAACCCCGACGCGUCGGGUCCUUGGGACGGAAUCACGUGGGGUCUUCGCGCCCUGAGAGAGCUGCCCCGACCCCUUCGCGUCCAGGCAGGUGCGCGCAGGGAGCUCUGCAAAUCCUUCUGGUCGCGUCACACUCAGUCCCUUAAACCGAGCUCCAACAGAGCAGAUCUCAGGAAAGGCUGGCGAGGACUGCGGGUGCUGGAUCCGGAAGAGAGGAAGCGCCACCCGCUGCGGGUUGGGGACAAAGGGUUUUCAAAGGUGUCCGCUCGCCCCGCUCCCGCGGCGCUUCGGUCCCCUUUCCGCCAACCCCGGUCGUCUGUGUGUGGUCCCCGAAGCCAACACACCGCUCCAUCGCUGCCGGCAUCUGCCGGCGUUUCCUGCGGCUCCCAGGGCUGAGCUGGGACCCGCCACUCCCGCGGCCACCCUCGCGCUGCGCCCUACCCACAAUGCAACGCCCCUCUCUCCUUUGGCCACGGCUGGGCUCCGGCUGUGCCCAAAUGCGGCCCCUCCUCAAGCGCUCAGCCCUCCUUUCCGCCGCCGGUGCCACUUUGGUCGCCCCACUGCCUUCCCUAAGGGUUCCCGCUCUCCAGCUGCCACCGCAGCUGAGUCCUAAGCACGCCACCCGGCCCCAGGGAGACGCUGGGCAGGUGCCCGGCGGCGCGCAGCCUCCACUCCUGCCCGGUGCCACCUCCACUGAGCCCGUCACGCGCGCGCCCCGCAACUCCUCCCCGCUAGUCAAUCCGCCAGCUGCGGUCGCUGCAUCGUCGGGGAGCUGCUAGAGGGAGGCAGCAAGGCGCGGCCGCCAGCAGUGACACCAUGUGACGGGGCACGGCUCAGUGACACGCAGCUUUGGUUAAAGAGCGGGCGCACAGGCGGGGAGGAGAAGUCGCGGGACCGGGAGGAAUGGCCUGACUUUUCCGCUUUACACCAUCACGAGGCAUGGAUGCGGGAGCGCCACGAGGCCCCCGGUAGGAGGAUGCCGAGGCUUCGCGACCCUCAGCGCCCGCGCAUGUCGACGUGAGUGAGAGGCUGGUGAGCAGGGUGUGGGUGGGGGUGGGGGGAGACUCUGCUGCAGUCGGCUCCGAGAGGAGGAGGAGGAGGAGAGCCAGGCGAGCGCGGGUUGGGGCAGCCACACCGCUCCGCCUGAAGGUCGCCGGGAACCUCCGCCCUUCACCUUCCUCGGAAAUCCGCCACGCCGCGCCAAGUCUCCCCGCCCAGCCCCCGCUGACCGGGCCACUUCUCCCCGGCAGCCGCAGCCAGACCGUGACACAAAGGACAUCACACGGCCGGGGGUUAAAACCCCAGGAGGGCGGACACCUGCACACCGCCUUGGCCACCUUUCCUUUUAUUUUCCGAGAUAUUUAUUGAACAUCUACUAUGUGUCUGGAGCUAUAUCUAUGUGUGUAGAAGCCCCCUGGAAGACCAUACGACAAUAUAUAUACACUGAUCAUCUCUGCUUGCUGAGAUAACAGGUGUGUCGAGCUUAUAUUUUUGCUGCUAUCUACUGAAUAUAUUCAGAACAGGAGAAAUUUGGACUAAUCUUUUGGACUACAGAUACUGUCUAAUCAUGAUGCAUUUCAAAAGUGGACUUGAGCUGACUGAGUUGCAGAACAUGACAGUGCCUGAGGACGAUAACAUUAGCAACGACUCCAACGAUUUCACCGAAGUAGAAAAUGGUCAGAUAAAUAGCAAGUUUAUUUCUGAUCGUGAAAGUAGAAGAAGUCUCACAAACAGCCAUUUGGAAAAAAAGAAAUGUGAUGAAUAUAUUCCAGGAACAACCUCCUUGGGCAUGUCUGUUUUUAACCUAAGCAAUGCCAUUAUGGGCAGUGGGAUUUUGGGCCUCGCCUUUGCCCUGGCAAACACUGGAAUCCUACUUUUUCUGAUACUUUUGACUUCUGUGACAUUGCUGUCUAUAUAUUCAAUAAACCUUCUAUUGAUCUGCUCAAAAGAAACAGGCUGCAUGGUUUAUGAAAAGCUGGGAGAACAAGUCUUUGGCACCACGGGGAAGCUCGUAAUCUUCGGGGCUACCUCUCUACAGAACACUGGAGCAAUGCUGAGCUACCUCUUCAUAGUAAAAAAUGAACUACCCUCUGCCAUAAAGUUUCUAAUGGGAAAGGAAGAGGCGUUUUCAGCCUGGUACGUGGAUGGCCGAGUUCUGGUGGUGAUAGUUACUUUUGGCAUAAUUCUCCCUCUGUGUCUCUUGAAGAACCUCGGGUAUCUUGGCUAUACUAGUGGAUUUUCCUUGAGCUGUAUGGUGUUUUUCCUAAUAGUGGUUAUCUACAAGAAAUUUCAAAUUCCCUGCAUUGUUUCAGAGCUAAACUCAACAGCAAGUGAUAAUUCAACAGAUACUGACAUGUGUACGCCAAAAUAUGUUACCUUCAAUUCAAAGACCGUGUAUGCUUUACCAACCAUCGCAUUUGCAUUUGUCUGCCACCCAUCAGUCCUGCCAAUUUACAGUGAGCUGAAAGACCGUUCGCAGAAAAGAAUGCAGAUGGUCUCCAACAUCUCCUUUUUCGCCAUGUUCGUCAUGUAUUUCUUGACGGCCAUUUUUGGCUACUUGACAUUCUAUGAAAACGUGCAGUCGGACCUCCUGCACAAGUACCAGAGUAAAGACGACAUUCUCAUCCUGACCGUGCGGCUGGCUGUCAUUGUCGCCGUGAUCCUCACUGUGCCGGUGUUGUUUUUCACGGUUCGUUCAUCUUUAUUUGAACUGGCUAAAAAAACCAAGUUUAAUUUAUGUCGUCAUACUGUGGUUACCUUCAUACUCUUGGUUAUCAUCAACUUGUUGGUGAUCUUCAUUCCCUCCAUGAAGGACAUCUUCGGGGUCGUGGGCGUUACAUCUGCUAAUAUGCUCAUUUUCAUUCUUCCUUCGUCUCUUUAUUUAAAAAUCACAAACCAAGAUGGAGAUAAAGGAACUCAAAGAAUUUGGGCUGCCCUUUUCUUGUGUCUGGGGGUGCUGUUCUCCUUGGUCAGCAUUCCUUUGGUCAUCUAUGACUGGGCCUGCUCAUCGAACAGUGACGAAGGCCACUGAGACCAGCUGAGGAAAGACAACAUUCCUGUCAUCAUCUACUCAGUCAAGUCUCCAUACGUCAGCCACUUCUCAUCACUUCUUUUGCAAGUUUACAGAAGCAAACAGAAAUUUUCAGGAUACUUAAGAUGGAAUAACACUUUGAUCACAAAAUAAGAAACCUAUUUCUAUAAUGGGUCACAUCCCUCCAAGAUUUGGGAUCAAUUUAGGGAUUAGAGAUUUUUUUUUUUUUUUCAAAUUUCAUGAAAUUGUAUUUUACAGUACUUUCCGCAAUCAAUUACUUUUUUUCACUCUCAUCACUCUCUGUUUUGUGGCUUCACAGCCUUUUAGAACUUUGAAAAACAUGAUCAUCAAUCGUGUUUAUGUAUUAUACAUCCAGAUUCUGAAAUAAUUUUCCUACUGAUGUUCAGCUCACACUAUCUAUACCUUUUUAGAAGAGAAAAUAAUCUUGAAUUGUAUAUAUUUAUUUUGCUUUACAGAAAAAAAAUGGUUUCGUAAAUAAUUUGCCUAUUUUGGUUAACAUAGCACACAGGGAUAAUGUUCUGAGAGUCGUAGGACACGUGUGAUUGCAGGAUUAGAGCAUGCCCAAUAUUUGAGGUGGCUCUGAUUGCCUGGCAGCUGGUGGCCUGGCUGGGACUAUAUCCCACCCCAUACAAAGUACUUCUCUAGCCAGUGUUCUCAGCUGGGAAGGGGGUGGGAAGGAUUCCUGCCAUGGUACUUAAAUUAAGUCACACAUUUGGGCAACCGAAGUUUUGCUUCCCUCUUGGUGAUUUGUUAAAGUUACUCCAGUCUGAGUCAACUUUUGCUGGCGGAGACCCGUGGCAUCUGCUGUGAAAGGAUUGUCCAAAAUGCCUGAGAAAAUAUUCCUCUGAUGCAGAUAGCCUUCAACCCCCCAACCUGUAUUGUUGAAGGGAGAAAAAAGUGUUUUAGUAAAUUAUAAGCCCAGCAGCCCUUAGUCAUGCCCACUAGCUGUUUGCACAGAGAAUAAUGUGUACCUAAUUAAGGCUGAUCUGAGAUAAGUAAUUCCUGUUUUAUAUUGGGCACUUUAGGGACGUCUCUAAAAGACUUGUUUUAUAUCUAUAAAUCUAGGUUAUUGCAAAUACAAGUUUUUGUACCUUAAAUAAGCCUCAUUUCUAUUUCUUCUUCAUUAACUCUUCAUCCAGAGUCUUAGGGGAAAACCCCCAGAGAUAGUCUUUGUGAAGAGCCUGUGACAGAAUUAGCAUGUACCUUCCUUUCCCCACAUGGGGAAGAUAGGAAGGCCCCAGUGUCUGCGCUGUCUCCUCUUCUGGUCUCCAACCAAGGGGCAGGCCAUACCUGCCCAUCCCAGCUGGCCCAUGCAGGAGGACAGAGUUGCCUUGUACUCUCUUCUCUCCUAAAGGAAGCGGAAGGAAACUACAGAGACUGAAAGAGAAGAGAGCUGGGAACAAGGUCACUGGGAAAGGAAUGGGGGACAUUCCCCAAAACUGAGCCCUCGCUCGUGAUUGGAUGUUCUGCAGCUUGCACACGGCAAGAAACAUGCAUGUUCCGUGAGCCGGUUUCUCGAAGCAAGACUUGUGUUUUACCUACAUUCUCAAUGAAUUUUCACCGAGCACAGAUGUCUUAUCUGGAGAUAAGUAGCAUCUAACCAAAGACUGUUGGCAGAGUUUCCAGGCACUUAGCUCUUUUUCUUCCCGACUCAAAUCCCAAAGGGACUUCAUUCUCACCAAGAAUAACACGGAAAUGACCCCUUCCUUUAAAGACUCAUGUCCCGCAGAUAUGACAGGCAUUGAAAGCACCUGUUGUGAUCCUCUUGGGGGAGAAUGAAAGGUUAUUUCCUGCAUUGCAUCAUCAUAGAGCUUUUAAUAUGUGCAUAUGAAGUUACAGAAUUGCAUCCACAUUAGGCCAGAGUUCAGAUAUUUCGAUAUGAAUACCUACCUAGUAAAUUCCACAGCCAUCUCUGUCCUUUUCAGAAGUGUUUCCCAUAUUACGUGAGCAACGAUAGAAACCAAGCAGAACGAGACUCAGUGAAGCUUUAGAAGCUUGUCUAGACCACCAAGUAAUGAAAUAGCCAGUAGUGGGGUGACCCUAGGUUUAAAAACACAUCAUGUAGUUGAAAGCUAUAUCAUGCUACUUUCUAUUUUCUUCAUUACUUUGUGACAAAUCAUUUUCCACUCAUGAAGUCAACUUAGAAAAUUAUUAACUCUGGAAUGUGCAGUGAUAUUUUGGGGGUCUCUGGGUUUUAUGUAUCAGUACAAGGGAUUUUUUAUUAUUUAAAAUAUAUUUAUUUAGAGGAAGCACAUGGUUAUAGAUGUCUGUAAGAUCACAUAUUUUUUAAAACCUUCUUUGUAUGUUUAUCUUUGUUGCUGACUGAAUAUCAUAGACCCUCCUGUAAUUUGUCAAAUAUCACUGAUUAUAUCAUUUCUGUGGGAUUAGUUGUAAAGUGUACUGCUCUUAUUCUUGUUCAGAAUAGUGAACUGGUAGCCAAAAAUACAUGUAUUACAGAUGUUAGGUAGAAUUUAAACAGCACAGUCAAGUGCUAUAGAAAUUUUUCUGCUAAAUUAAUAGACUAAUUUACUAUACCUUAGCCGUGGGGAGUAGCACGUUUUCCUUUGGUAGAUAGGAUCGCUGCGCUAGUGAACAGUGCCAGUUUCAUACUUUGGAUUCUCUAGUUAUUGUAACACGGAAUACUGUCAAUCCUGUCCCUCUUUUACUGUCUAUUACUUCCCAGAAGUGGGGGGUAGUGAAAAAUGCACGGGAAAGGAAUCUACUCUUGUUUAGGCGCCAACCGUCUCCAAUUUUUAUAAGGAGGUCAUGUUCUAAAAUGUUAUAAGCAGGUUAUUUGCAACCUGGAUUGUGUUUUCCUUUAGAGGCCAGGUUAUAUGUGGUAGUUAGGGUCCCCAGACCAUCUAGUUUAGCUGAAAUAGAAUAAUGUAAUAAGAUUGCUGAAGAACCUAACGACCCAAAAUGCUAUUGUUUCUAGGGGGUAUUUGUUAGUAGAAUCUGGACUGUCCAUCUCAGCCGCAUACCACCUGCUGGACAGUGGGGGUAGUAGAGUUGCCACCAGAUUAGAGGUGACCAGAGUGGCCUGAAGCAGGGUCUCCAGCAAAGGCAGGGAUGAGUAAGUUCAGGGUCAGGUGCUGGGAGAGGGAGGAGGAUGAGGAGGCCUCUGUGGAUUGCCAGAGACAGUCUUAGGCUGGUACCUUUCAGGUCUCAGGCUCGGCCUGCCUGCUCUAUUCAUACGACCUUUUGUUCCUCCAGCUCAUCUCCUUCCCUGCCGCUGCAGAAAAGCCUGUUGCUGCAUAGCUUCUCCCACAUGCCAAUCGAAGCCAGCACACAGCACUGUUAAGGGUUUCAGUGCUGGUAACCACAGUUUAACUGCCCAGUAAUCAGAUGGGGAGCAGGAAGAGUCUCUACCCACCUUCCUUUUUUACAUUUACAGACCUUGUUGAGAAAAAAGAAAGGCUCAGAUGGGCGCUGGUGGUGGCCUUGGGGUGGACAUAGACCUGUGGUAAGAGCCCUUGGUGUUUCAGAGGGCACCUCCCACCCUAGGACCCACUUCUCUAUGGAGUGGGGCUAGAGCCUCUAAGACAGCUGGUUGUCACAGUGCAGUCCCCAGACCCACAGCAUUCUGGGUAAGAAUGCAAAUUCUCAGGUCCCACACCAGACACAGUGAAAUCAGAAGCUGUGAGGGUGGGGGCCCAGUGACUGCAUUUUAAUGAGACCUCCAAGUGGCUCUGACUCACUUGGAGUUUGGGACCCACUCCAAGCCUAGCGGUCUCUCCCUUUCUCUCCCCAUUAGUCCUACCUCAGAAGGUGGUCCCCUGGAUUCAUGAGGUGAGCAGUAGGAGCCAGGACUGAGGGAGGAAAGAAAAGGGCCUUGGCAGCGGGGGCCUCUGCAACGGCAGAAAGUGAGGGGGCUCUGGUGCUGUCACCUGGUUGCCCCCUCCCACUGGAAAUGCCAGUGCAGGUGCACAGUCAAAAAUGCAGUCUGCCCACACUCGGGUGUUACUUUGGGCUGAGGUAAAAUAAUACUGUAGUUUUUAAAGCUACAGAGAAAUAAAAUGGAGGCUUUUUUUGACUGGGAGAGGUUAAAAGAAAAUACCCUUUGUAAGUGCAACCUUUGCAGAAAUGCUGAACUCAUGUCAGGAGUGAAUUCCCAGAAUGUCUGAGUUCCUCAUGUGACAAUAAUCCUGUCCUUUUAAUGUGAUUUCUCUGCUGAAUGGUCUACCCUGCUUGAGGAGCAGCAAACUGCUCUGAAAGGAAUGAAGAGCUCAGUUCCCUGUCUGGGGUGGGCACGAGGCUGGAUGGACACAUUUGGUUGGAGUGGGGAGAUCAGCAGAGAUGUGAUCACGUACUUAGAGCAAAACCUAAGUCUUGAUUAGUCUCCCUCAGUCUAUCAAUUUUAUCAGGCGUGAGGCUUAGAAAGGGUAUAAUCUUUAAGAAUACAAUUACCUUAUUCAAGUUCACCGUUUAAGUGUUAUCCAUUUUCAAAACAAAGAAGAUAUGGAUUCUUACCAUUUAGUAACAACUUUCCUUAGAGAAGGCAGAGCUGAGAAUCCUUUAGCAAAAGAACAUACUUCCUCUAAAACACAGUGAAUUAUUUAUAACGAUAUAAGGCUUUUGGGUACAAAUUGGGGGUGGGAUGGUUAACAACUGAAAAAUACCACUAAAUUUAAAAAAUUCUUGAAAAACAUGUAAAAUUCACAAGGCACAGACAUUCUCUUUCUUCAGGAUUUUCUCCGAAGAAGGGCUAUGAAACUGGGCCUGUUUGUAUACAAGUUCAAAUUUAUGUUUAUAAAGGAUGAAUCUAUGCAGCUGAGGCUUAUUGUAGGAAAUACUCAUUUGUAUGUAAAUAUAUGUAAAUAAAUAGGAGGCUGUAUAUUUUUGCAGUUGUUGAUCCGCACUGAAAUAGGAGUCUCUAGGAUCCACAUAUAAAGAAUAAAUGUUCCAUAGACAUUAGUGGUUUUGUUUGACAAUUAGAAAAAUCUUCAUUCUCUCCCAGGUAACAUAGUUCUCUCAGUAUAAACUUGGAACAUAAAACAUUACUUAAUUGUUUAGAAAAAGAAAUGUCUGAGAAAUAGCUACAUUGGUUUCUUGUACUGAUAUUAAGUUCAAUUAUUUAAAAGGUAGUCUUAUGAGCUAUAAAUAAGGAAUAUUUAGACCCAAAUCAUUGUCAUAUAGAAACAGAUAUACCCAAAAAGGCAAAUUGUUUCUUUAUAAUGCUCUUUUGCUGUUAACAUUGAUACCAUUGCAUGGUAUUUAUGAAAACAGAAGUUGGGGAGAAGAAUGUUUUUUUUUUUCCCAAAUUGAAUUGCUGCAUUUCCCAAACUUUGGGAUCUUUGAGAAGGGAGAAAACCUGAAUGUUAGCACAGAUUUGAAGGAAAGAAAACAGAGAACCGUUAUUUUAUCAAGCUUUGAAAGUCUUGCAUGUUGCCUUUUAUUUUAGUGUUGACGCCAACAUGGACUGUGGUAUGUAAUUUUUUCCCCAAACACUUGAAUCUUAAUCUUCGGUACGUCAUUCACUCUCUAGAAUCCAGUGUACUUUAGGCUUCAUCUGAGUCCAGUACAUGGAGCACACCACUGUUUUAUUAACGUAAAAACCUUAUAAAUGAAUCUCAGAUGGGUGAUUGAAGAGAGGUCACAAGUCACAAACCUUUCCUAUUCAUAGUUAAUCAAAUAGAGCUGGGUUCUUUGCAGGGCGUGGUGUAAAUAAAGAAAUGUAAAAAGUUCUGUUCUAUAACUGCUCUGUUAACAUAGUUUUUAAACAUUAAAAAUGUGAACUGAAAGUA